UAGCCACAGCACAAUUUGUAUUACUAUUGUGUCUUCUUCCUUUUCCUCCUUUUCUGUGGACCAACCCAUAAUGACGGGCAGUAUCCAUACCGUAGCGCAGGAAGAGAGAUGCACCGGUAAAUAGUCGACGUCAUAGGCACAGACAGCAGAAGGAUGGGAGAGAGUUCUGUGCACCUUGCCACUGCUUCAUGGCAAUAAAGGGAGAUGGCGUCCACAUCCCAAUGAAUAAGCAAAAAAAGAAAAGGAAAAAGGAUGAUGCUGGACGCUCCGCCUAGGAGUUUUUAAUUAAACACAUCAGCUAUGGAGCGAUUUAUUCCGCUUUCCAAAUCCUUUUGCUCCGGGGAUGUCAUUUGCAGGCGUUUUUAAACUCCCCGGUUGAUUGUGUCCAACGGAGGAGGUGGAUUAUUGUCCGGUAGGCCUUUAGCUGUUUUCGUUUUCUCUUCCUCUGCCCAUCCGACACAGGGCCGAGGAGAUUAGGGGUAGGGAGGGAGACCGAUGGCUGCGGGAGGAGGAUGCGGGGAGACGGUGGAGCAGUGCCGGGCGGAGGUGGAGAGGUUGACUCGGGAGCUGGCGGAGGCAAACCGGGAAAAGAUCCGUGCUGCGGAGUGCGGUUUGGUGGUUUUGGAAGAGAACCAGACCCUGAAGCAACAAUAUUCGAAUCUGGAGACUGAGCAAGAGGCUCUUCGGCUGGAGUUGGAGCAGCUGCACGAGGCAUUCAGCCAGGCCUACACCACCCAGCGUAAGGUGGCUGCCGAUGGGGAGAGCAACGAGGAAACCUUACUACAGGAGUCAGCAACUAAGGAGGCCUACUACAUGACUCGCUUGCUGGGAAUCCAGUCAGAGCUCAAACAGAGCAGGGCUGUCACAGUCAACACGCAGGCCGACAACGAACACCUCAAUGCCCUGCUGCAGGAGCUCAGAGAGAGUAAUGAGAUGUUGGAGCUUCAACGGAGCAGGAUGAGAGAGGAGAUCAGAGAAUAUAAGUUCAGAGAGACCCGGCUCCUGCAGGAUUACACGGAACUGGAGGAGGAGAACAUCUCGCUGCAGAAACUAGUUUCCACACUCAAACAGAACCAGGUGGAGUAUGAGGGCUUAAAGCAUGAGAUCAAGGUGCUGGAGGAAGAGACGGAGCUUCUCAACAGCCAGCUGGAAGACGCCUUACGUCUCAAAGACAUGUCGGAAGCCCAACUGGAAGAGGCCCUGGACUCCCUGAAGAGCGAGCGUGAGCAGAAGAAUCACCUCCGCAAGGAGCUGGUCCACCAUCUAAGCCUGUGCGACCUCCAGUAUACCGGCAGCGCCCAUCUCAUCUUCACCUCGGCACCCCCUAGUGGCACGGCUACGCCUGUCACCGCCCUGUCGCCCAGUUCAGAGGAGCCUGGCAGGUGUAACGGGCAUCUCCAUGGAGUGGCAGGGACUGGGGCGGGUACAGGGUCGCUGCCCAGGGCCAAUGGGGAGUGUCGGGGAGCAGGAAGAAAAGGAGAGGGGAUGGUGUCAGAUCUGUUUAGCGAAAUGAAUCUGACGGAGAUACAAAAGCUCAAGCAGCAGCUACUACAGGUGGAGCGAGACAAAACAUCACUGUUGACCAGUCUGCAAGAGUCUCAGACACAGCUCCAGCACACACAGAGUGCCCUGAACGAGCAACAUGAGAGAGCCCUCCGCCUAAGUGAGAGAGUCAUUGCCCUUAGGCGCCUGCACCGGGAGUCCCAGCUUGCCCAGGAGGCCCAGAACAACCAGGAGGCCCACCUCAACCGAGAGGCCCUGAUGGAGCAGGGAGAAGAGGAAGACGAGGUGGUGGAAGACAAGGGAUUAAUCCACAGCAGGAGCCAGGCAUUCUGUCACCAGAACCCUGGUCUGGAGAUCUUACAAUGUAAGUACAGGGUGGCAGUUACUGAAGUGGUCCAGCUAAAGGCUGAGCUGAAGUCUCUGAAGGAGCUAUAUAACCAGUGCAUGGAAGGCGGGAUGGAGGACAGGACUCGUGGAGAGGCCCAGCAUAGAUCUCUGGAAGAGCAGGUUGAAAGGCUGGAGAGGAGUUGCCGGGAAAGCAGAGAGAGGGUUAGCGUCCUUGAGACAGAGCUGAGAACAGCCCAGAACAUGGCCAGCGAGAGCCAAGCGGCGCUCAACGCUGCGCAGGACGAACUGGUCACCUUGAGCGAGGAGCUAGCUCAGCUCUAUAAUCACGUCUGCCUCUGCAACAAUGAGACUCCCAAUCGGGUUAUGCUGGAUUACUACCGGCAUGGGAGAGGACUGAGGGGUGUCAGCUCUUCGCUCAAGGGCGAUGACACCCGUGUUCUCCUCACUCCCCGCCUGGCCAGACGACUUGCCGCAGUUGCCUCGUCAUCCCUGACGGAGUCUCGUAGCCCCUCGGAAUCCCCGUCCAAAGAGCGGUUGUCAGGAGAUGGGGGGCGUGAUGGGGGUAAAGACAGGGACAGUCCUGUUCACCGCACUCCUCCUACUGGCUCCCCCAGCAUUAGUGCCUCUUCCUCAUCUUCUUCAUCGUCAUCGCCUGCGGUAGAGCCGACCGGGGACCUGCGUAGAGAACCCAUGAACAUCUAUAACCUUAAUGCCAUCAUCCGAGACCAGGUGAAGCACCUUCAGAGAGCUGUGGAUAGGUCACUCCAGCUGUCCAGACAGAGGGAUGCAGCCAGGGAACUGGCCCCACUAUUCGACAAGGACAAAGAGAGCUGUAUGGAGGAGAUACUCAAGCUCAAAUCCUUACUCAGCACCAAGAGAGAACAGAUUGCUACCCUUAGACUGGUGCUCAAAGCCAACAAACAGACUGCAGAGAAUGCCCUGGCCAACCUGAAGAGUAAGUAUGAAAAUGAGAAGCACAUGGUGACCGAGACCAUGAUGAAGCUGAGGAACGAGCUAAAGGCCCUGAAGGAGGACGCUGCCACCUUCUCAUCACUCCGAGCCAUGUUUGCCACCAGGUGUGACGAGUAUGUAACUCAGCUGGAUGAGAUGCAGAGGCAGCUGGCAGCAGCAGAGGAUGAGAAGAAGACUCUGAACUCCCUCCUGCGUAUGGCCAUCCAGCAGAAGCUAGCCCUGACACAGCGUCUGGAAGACCUAGCCUUCGACCAGGAGCAGUCGCACCGCACCCGCGGUGGCAAGGUGGCCCGCAUGAAGAGCAGCACCCCCAAAGUAAGUCCUGGUCCUCCCUCCAGCCCCACCGCUGGGGCCCCCUUUAACUCCACCUCGGCCACCACAGCCGCUCUUACCUCGGCCUUAGGUCUGACCUCCCCUACGUCACAUCAUAGACACCCCCUCAGCCCCUCCUCCGUGGCACCCUCAGACCCCUCAGCACCAGGCAGCCCCCCCACCCUGGAGGCACCCCCGUCCUCCUCUAUUGGGAACCCCCCAUCUACCCCCCACAGGCUGGCUCAUUCCCAGUGGGCCCUGGGCAUUAGGACGUUGGUAAUCGACUCCCACAGUUUCAGCUUAGACUCUCAUAGUUUUAGUUUAGCACGCAGUUCUGGGCUCUCCAGGCCCUAUACAUCUGACUCACGGCCGUCCCCUAGCAGGGGUGCUCUGCCUGGAUCAGCCCCCUCCUCCCCCUACCGCUCACCCAUACUGGGGUCUCGGCGGUUGACGUGGAGCUCCCCUCGAACUCGACCCCUUACCAACCUGACACGUUCCUCUGCCCUAUAUACCCCUUCAUCGUAUAACCCUACUAGUUCUUACACACCUUCAUCCCUGUAUACUUCCGCCAGUUCCUACGCCUCUUCAGCGUCUCACUACACCCCACACACUUCAUACAGCCACAAUAGUAGCUACAGUCCACUCUACCCUAGGUACUAUGGUUUCCAUCGGCCACCUCACUGACACUAAACUACAGUUCCCCUGAAUCUCCUCACAGAUUACCACCAGCCACCUUUCUCAGAAAAAUCAUUUAGAAAAAAAUUUCUGCGGUUUCUCAGUAUGCCCACAGUAAAAUACAGGUCCCAUCAAGUUCCUUAGGGACACUACCAAACAUUCCAUCAACCCCUUUGAUUAUGCUAAACUACAUUUCCCAUCAGCCCCCGGGGGAGUGGGCAAGGCUCACAGAGAGGAGGAGAGACUGGUUUCCUGUUUCUUGUGCCUAAGCCUCUGGCGUCAGUGCGGCGUGUGGAUUUGACUCUGUUUUGGCGCAAGUGUUCACACUGACUUUCCUCAGGGAUUUAUCACAACAAGGAGCACAAGUGGCCCUGCAUUCCUUUAAUUCAAAGACUGUUGAUCGGUCUUAACUACAGGACAGACAGGAAGGACUCUUAACAGACUACAAAAAGAAAUAAACAGUUGCUUUGGUCUGCCCCUUCAAACCACAUCACCACCCACUCAAGCAUAUGAAUAUGCUUGCAUGACCUUGCAGUUGAUCAGAACGAGAAAUGAGAAGGACAUAUAGGUUAACUGGACUUGUUUUUUUCACACCUUAAACUGAGGACUCCAGAGAUUAACCACGUGUCAGUUUUAUUCUUUCUUUCUGGUCUUUCCAAGAUGGAUCAAGCUCAUUGAUUGUUUGCUAUUUUACAUUUCUCAGUUAAUACAAAUAGCUCUGUAAACAAAACUGUCCUCACAAUGUUAUUGGUGUCAUCUUCACUUGGCAUCUUUAGAGUCUAGCACCACCCAAUGACAUUCUUGAAAAUUACCAUACAUUCAGGACAUAGAAAAUUAAGAUAUUCACUGAGUUUGAAUAUUAAAAUUAACUUCUAAAAAUCUCUAAGAGAAAUUGCCUUAAAUCACUUUUAAUUUUAUCAAAAUGAGACAGAGAUAGAUAAUUUUUUGUUUCACAUAUUGGGAUGAUGAAUAUGAACUAGGAGUAUAUGGGUUGUAGCAUGGAUAUCGCGAUAGAGAACAUAUGCCAUUUUAGUGUACUCAACUGGGUGAGGCUUGAAAUUUCAUUGACUGACAGCUGUUCGUAGACUGAUUGAUCAUUGGCUGAUCCCUCCUGACAACUCGGUUGAUUAUGUGAUGUCAAAACCAGGCAAAAAUACUUGAAUUGCUAUAAUUAUAGGACACUUAUGACUGCACACCAAAGCAAAACCAGGUUCCCACUAAAUUCUAUAGCCACAAAGUCAAGCUUUUGUCUAUUUCUUUCUUUGGAUAUUUGAAAAUGUUGUUGAAUAUUCGAUGAAGGAUGUUGACAUCCACUGCCUGUAAUUCAAUAGCAAUGUAGAUGCUAUGCUAACUGUCUAAAAUGUCAAUAGGGACAGCUCUAAUAUAAAGGGUUUCAACUCUAGUAAGGGUUUCAAGUUUCUAGUAUGCAAAAUGCAUCACUCUUAAUGAAGUACAACCAAAAUAUUUUUGUAUAUUUAAUCAAAUUAGACUGAAAAUAGCUGUACAUUUAUAUCUUGACAAAAUUCUAUUAAAAAUAUCUAUCUCAAUGCCAACAUUACCAAAAGUCCUGACUUCCUUAACAAAUAAUGAAAUCCUUAUUGCAUACAGAUUUUGGUAUGAGUUAACAUAGUUGGAAACAUCAGGAUUGGGUCAUUAGAAGGGGUCAGCCAAUUUAUUAUGCUGAAAUUGACUUCAACAUGAGAUGGUUGCAGUGGCUUGGCUGAUGUUGUCACAGAUGUUAUAAUAACAUGACAUCUAUUCUAGUCUAUGAUAAACAUCAGUUGGAGACAGAUUUUUGUCAAAAAUAGAAAAACACAAACACAGGUAAUCUCACACACAGAAACUUCUCAGCCAGGGUUCAAAAAGAAUUGACUGUUAACCAUAUCAGAAUGAUAUGGAUAUAGAAGUAUAGGCAAACAUUUGAAAGCCAUUAAUGCUACGGGUUAGUUAGUAUAGAUGUACUGUUUGAUGCUAAAAUGGGAUUUACUGUGUUACUUGUGUAAGUGUGUGCUUUACAUACUACCACAACUGCUCUGUGUAACCACAAUGGCUGAGACUGCAUUUCUACAGUAUAAACUCACCUCUUCUUUAACCACGCCUUUUUUUCAUGCCAGCAACAAUCAUGUUAGUUUUUCAUGCCAGUUUUGAUGUAUAUUUUUGGGGAGCCAACUGACAGCAACAUAACAAUAUGCCUUGUCCAAUGAUCAGCAUUUGUGUCUGUCAACAAUGGCCUUGUUGUAGGGGUGACGUGCUACUGGGUGUUGGCCAGUAGGCCUUGCUAAAUUUGUCCCAAUCCAUCCACAGAGUGGUUUAGAUUGGAAAGACUAAGGGGACGUUCAAACAAAUAUUUCAUUUUCAAAAGCUGCUGUCAAUAGGAUGCUGGUCAGAAAUGUCCCCUUAGUCUCUCGUCAACCUCUCUCAAGUUUGGAAAUCUCUGCGCCUCCUUUGGCCUGUCCAGCCUAGUUUGGAGCCUAGUGUAUCACGACGAUGUUCAUUCAAACCCCCCGAUUGAUUCAACAUACUCCAACCUUUUGUUAAAUAAUGCAAUAUGGAGCAAAAACGCAUUUGACAGGACUCCUCUUGGCUACUUCUUUGACACUGUACAGUGAACAUUCACACAUAUUUCAGAACAGAUAUACUCAUAGUUCUUGUCAUCAUGGAUUGAUUGAGGUGGUCGAAAGAUAGUAACCUGAUUGAGAAUGUACAAAAACACAAUCAACACUGUAGAUAUGACAUGUUAAUCACCUCAGUGACCUUCAAGUUUUUAUACAUGGAGUUUAAAUGACUUUACGUUUGUACACUACUGUACACGUGGAUGAGCAACAUACUCUUGGACAUGAUCUUAUGCACACGCACCAUCUUCUUGCCUUGGCACACGACUCUAUGCCUGUUGUUUUUAUAGGAACACUGUGGUAUUGUAAAUCCAAAGAUGUUUAUCCCAGAACACUUCAACUGGUCACCAUCCUGGAUAGUAAAAAAGUUUGUACGUAGAUUUACAUAUGUACUAACAGGCUUACGUUUUGGUGUAAUCGCCUUCAUCAGAGCCUUUUUUUUUAUCAAGCUGGCUUGAAGCACAUUUAGGUACACUCUUUUACUGUUUAGUGUGGUAGUAUAGUUGUAGCAUAGUCUGGGUUUUUAUAUUGAACAUUGCCAUCAUAUGGUUAAUUAGCUGUAUAUAGAUAUUUUCUGCAAUUAAGGAAUUAAAUGUGAAGGAUUUUGAACUAUACUACUCCGCUGUACUCUGUGUGUUUGAAAGAGAUUGAAAGAUAUAAACAGAAGUUGCAAAUUAAAUUACAAUUAAUUUAAUCUAAUUUUGGUCACAAUCUCCGCUUCUGAAGAAAGGAAACCAGUGUGACCUCCUCUCUCUGAACCCUUUUUCGUGCCACCCAACACUAUCAAAUAUACAUUCACACACACAAAUACACACCAUAUAAUUCCAUUCAUACAUUUAAGAGGAUUUCAAUCCUGUCAAAUGCGUUGUUUCUCCUUCCCCUUUUGCAAAAUCAUCAGUUCCUCUCCAAAACUACUUGUUUGUGAUUUCUCCCUCCCUUGAAUGCCAUUUUGCUCUUCUGCUCUCUGUUUCAGGCCUCUUUCAUAAUUUUAAACACUGUCAGUCUAAUCACCCUUACAUGUAUUAAUGCAAUAUUUAUUUAUAGGCAGACUGUUUAAUAUCGUUGUACCACUUACCACUCAAUUUCAGCCUGUUAGCUUUUAAGCACUUUAUAUGCAUGUAUACUGUAUAUUAAUGGAAAGCUGUAUCUUUCCUGUGUACAAUGCUAUGUUCAUACUCUUCAUAUUUACUGUAUAGAUCAUGUAUAAAUUACCCCUAUUUUGUG